AUGCUGCACCUCAAAGUCCAGUUUCUGGAUGACUCCCAGAAGAUCUUUGUAGUUGAUCAAAAAUCCUGCGGGAAAGGGCUGUUCAACCUCACCUGCAGCCACCUCAGCCUUGCGGAGAAGGAGUACUUCGGGCUGAAGUUUCGCAGCCAGGCUGGGAACCACGUCUGGUUGGAACCACUAAAACCCAUAACAAAGCAAGUCAAAAUGGACCCCGGCCAUCUGAGAGAAGAGCUGACCAGCGCGGCGCUGCUCGUCUCCCACCUGCUGCAGUCCGAGCUGGGUGACUUCCAUGAGGAGACAGACCAGCAGCACCUGGCCACCCACAGGUACCUGCCCAACCAGGAGUACCUGGACAACAAGAUCAUGCACUACCACCGGAGACACGGGGGGAAGACGCCGGCCGAGUCAGAUGCCCAGCUGCUGGACGUGGCCAGGAAACUGGAGAUGUACGGGAUUCGCCCGCACCCCGCCAGCGAUGGCGAGGGGAUGCAGAUCAACCUGGCCGUGACGCACAUGGGGGUGCUGGUCCUGCGGGGCAACACAAAGAUCAACACGUUCAACUGGUCCAAAAUUCGCAAACUGAGUUUCAAGAGGAAGCAUUUUCUCAUCAAGCUCCAUGCCCACGUCUCUGCGCUGUGCAAGGACACGCUGGAGUUCACUAUGGCGAGCCGGGACGCCUGCAAGGCUUUCUGGAAGACGUGCGUGGAGUACCAUGCCUUCUUCAGGCUGUCUGAAGAGCCCAAGUCAAAGCCCAAAGCCCUUCUGUGCAGUAAGGGCUCCAGUUUCCGAUACAGUGGGAGGACGCAGAGGCAGCUGCUGGAGCAUGGGAGGAAGGCGAAGAUGAAGAGCCUGCCCUUCGAGAGGAAACACUACGCGUCCCGUUACGACGAGAGGCAGUGCCGCUCCUCCCCAGACCUCCUGACGGACGUCUCCAAGCAGGUAUGUUCCCCCAGCAUCAGCAAGAGCCGGAGCUCCUACCAUGCCAACGGGGUGCACGCCUCUGAGCCCAUGCUGGACAGCUGCCGCCGGAGCUCCACCAUGGAGGUGACGUUUGCCGCUGAGCUGGAGCGCUCCAAGCCCGAAGCAUCCCCUGCCUUCCUGCCCCACUCCAAAAGCUCGUCCGCCUUCCCCUUGGUCUAUGCCGAGCUGGAGCUGGAGCGGGCAUGGGAGCCUGCCGACCUCUUUGGUGCCAGGAACCCCUUGACAUCCUUUCGGCCCCACCACCAGUUUGCUGGGAACAGUAAAAGCACCUCAGUGGGCAACAUGCGGGAGGUGAGCUCCCGGCCGCUGGUGUACACAGAUGUGCCAUGCCCCGCACCCAUGGCCGCCCCGGCCCCACAGGUCCUCUUCUACCUGGACAGGCCCCCGCAGCCCCCGUGCCAAGCACCAGCACCCGUCGAGGAUGCAGCAGAACCAGUCGGUGGAUGUGGCCCCAUGACAGCAAAACCCCCCAGGCAGAGCCCGAGUGGGACGCAGGCUGGGGAGUUUCAUCGUCAGGCUGCGUGCGUGGCAGUGGACACGAGCACGGCCCCGGCAGAGGAGAGCAGGUCGCUGGUUCACUCCUUCAACUAUGGCCUUCAGGAGCAGCCUCCCAAGCGGUCUUGGAGCCAGUCGGACAUGAAAACCAUCCGCUUCCCCUACGGCUCCGAGUUCAGGCCCCUGGGACCGUGCCCUGCACUGAGCAGCCGGAAAGCAGGCGUCUGCUGGCACGUGCCAGCCCAGCAAGCGCUGGCGCCGGGGCUGCGGCGCUCGGCCGAGCGCUACGUGGGCAGCAGCACUGAGUCCAGCGACUCCGACUCUGACCUCCUGGCCACCGACUACUGCUCCAUGUACGGCCGGGCGCUGCGGUCGCCCAUGGCCAGGGUGCGGGUGUCCUCCGGCAGCCUCCAGCUGGAUGAGGAGGAUGAGGAGGUGGCCUUCGCCACCAGGGCUGCUGAAGAGAGGACUUCCAGGGGGGCCUCCAGGUAUUUCACCUAG